AUGUUUGCCUCACAUCCAAUUCGAUUUUGGCGGAAUGCCUGCUAUAAGCAGGCAAUCGGUCAAGCAAGACAUGCAUCAUCCAAGCGCUGGCAAGCCCGGCAGCAAAAGGAUCAGUUCACUAGAGAGGCAGCUGUCCAAGGGCUGAAAAGCCGUGCUGCUUUCAAAUUGCUGCAGGGUUAUGCUCCGGGGUCAUGGUCGCAGGUUGCUGCAAGCCGUACCCAACCGCAUGGUCGAGUCCUCGGUGUCGAUAUCAUCCCAGCCCAACCACCGAAAGGAGUGUCUACAAUCCAAGGCAAUUUCCUCGCACCCGAAAUUCAAACGUACAUCCGAGACUUUCUCCGCAGUCCAGACAGAGGCAGGCCGCGCCGACCCGGCUUUCUGGACGAUUCCAGUGUCAGUUUAUUGGAGCCGAAUUCGGAUACUGAACGCGCCGCCGAGGCUGAGAAGACGGGUAUGAAGGGCGAUAAAAUACUUGAAAGAACGGUAGAUGUGGUUCUCAGCGAUAUGUCUGCUCCCUGGUUCCAGACCUCCGGUUUCUGGAAACGAAGUCUAAGUGCUCCUUAUAACAGGAUGAUGAACACCAGCGGUGUCAGUUUCAGAGAUCAUGCUGGAAGCAUGGAUCUCUGCCAUGCGGCUUUACGCUUCAGUUCGGAUGUUCUGAAGGCAGGCGGUCAUUUCGUCUGCAAAUUCUACCAAGGCGCCGAAGACAAAGCACUGGAGCAGCAGCUGAAAGAAUUAUUCAAAAAGGUUCAUCGUCUAAAACCCGAAUCAUCUCGCAGUGAAUCCAAGGAGGCCUUUUUCGUUGGCCUGGAGCGAAAAUCGUGA